AUGACUAUAGCCAACGUACUACAUAAGACUAUUACAGGAACACUGUUUGCUGUCACACUAGUUGGUGUCGGUUACAUCUGUGUUGGUACUGUUGACUUGAUCGACAGGAGAAAUAAAAGGAAUGCUGCACAAGAAAAGGCAAUGAACGAAUUCUUUGAGACACAAACAGCCAACAAGCAGGCAUUGAAGAAGCAGCAAGAGGAGAACCAAGAUGAUUAA